AUGAAGAUUGCGGACCGCACAUUUCUUAUAAGCGGCGGCGUGUCUGGCCUCGGUCUGGCAACAGCACGCGCGCUCCACCAACAAGGCGCAUAUGUCUCCCUGCUCGACCUCAACGCCGACAACGGAUCAACAAUCGUGUCUGAACUUGGCGCCCGCGCAAAGUUCUUCGAAACAGACGUCACGGAUACCCAGGCCAUCACCGCAGCAGUGCAAGGAACAGUCGCGUGGGUCAAGGAGACAGGAAAGCACAUUGGAGGCGUGGUAGCAGGCGCAGGCGUUGGACUGCCAGGCCUGAUCAUUGACAAGAAGAAUGAGCCGCUGAGCAUCGAGAGCAUUGAUUUCGUACUAAACGUCAACCUGCGAGGGACGCUGGAUCUGAUCCGUCAGACACUACCGCAUAUAACUACUGCGCCUCCUGCCGACGCCGACGGCUCCCGCGGCGUCAUCAUCAUGAUUGCGUCUUCGGCCGCCUUUGACGGACAAAUGGGCCAGGUCGCAUAUGCAGCUUCCAAGGGCGCCGUUGCAUCCCUCACGCUCCCUCUCGCUCGCGAUCUUUCAAAGUAUGGCAUUCGGGCGGUGACGAUAGCGCCGAGCAUGUUCGAUAGCGCAAUGACGCGCAUGAUGACCGACAAAGUCAGGAAGAGCCUGGAGAACAGCAUGGAAUUCCCAAAGAGGCCGGGACAAGCCGACGAAUUUGCGAGGUUGGUGGUAGAGUGCAUUGGUAAUGACAUGUUGAACGGAACCGUGUUGCGCUUGGAUGGCGCAAUGAGGAUGCCUGCCAGACUAUAG